GUUAUAGCUCGAAUGGAUACACUCUCCUUCCCUUAGUAAGAGAAACACUGAUUGUUUAGACAGUCUUCAGUUCACGUACUAGUGGAAAAAGGGGGCCCUUUGUGACGGAGAACCCCUCAGCGCUGUGAAGGUGUCAUUUGGGUAAGUAUGUGAGUGUAGAUAUUAUUUCCUUCGGGCGAUGCUUCGUGUCUAAGGAAGAGUCCAUCGUCACCGAGACCGGCUUGAUGUGGGUAUGAAAAAAGCUUCGCACACUCUAGAACCAGAGGUGGAUACCGAUGAAAACCUCUGCCACGCAAUUUAUUAAAUUAAGUAAUGUAAAAGGCAAGGGCGGGUUGAAGUAAACAUUAAUAGAGCGAUAAAGCUUCGGCUUGGUGAAGUAUGGUGUCCUGAAGAAAUUCCCUUCGGAAAUUGUUUGUGAAUUCCAACUUAACUCACAACCGACAACAUUAAUUGCAGGUUUCUACAGUCACCCAUCGCUGUCCAUCGGAAGAGUGGACACAAGUUCUCGUUACAUGUGUCGGUUUUCAUUGAGUUCAGAGCUACAGAAAAGAGACAGUCAUUUACUUAUGAUCAAGAAGAUAGGCGAGUGCAUUGCCUGGCCAGACUGACAGGAAUCGGGUUUUAAGCAUCGGACCUCAAAGGUAACCUACUGCAUUUAUGUGAUUCGAGUGCGGCGUUAAUUUAAAAUCCAAUUUAUUUCUCGCAAACGAUAGUAUGGCAACCGUUUACAUAAAAAUUAAAGACAUAAACAUGUUUUAGUGCUUGUCUAAAAAGUCAUUUUUUAUAUCUUUCUCAAUUUGCAUGUUAAUACAACUGUAGUACUUAAAGUGAAUAAAGACCUAAUGUCGGAUAUGCUUUCUCGAGAUUAGAACUGAUGCAUUCAAAAGGAUUUGUGUCUAGUUCACUCUAAAUUUUCAACUGCGAUCUAAGCUUUGAUCUAUGGGUGCUUUUUAAGUCUACAACUCGGAUAAACGCCGCAUCAGGAUGCGGCGCUUAAUCGGUUUAUUCGGUAGACGUUUCGGUAAAAUAUCGAUAUCAUUGUUGAUUUACAUGUCAACAAAUCUGUGACGGCUUAGUAUUCAGGCGUAACUUUGUUCUGAGCAUCUGUUUAAGAUAAUUUCACGAACGUUCUGAUUUGUAGAGACAAUUGUGCAUACUUAUCUUGGUACGAAGUGAGAUUGUUUCUAAUCUACUGUAGCCAUUUUUUAAUUCAGUUAUUCUAGGUGACCUUACGUAUUGCCACACAGUCUGGCAUUGUUUUAAAGCUUCAGAUGCUACUAACAGUUUAUAAUAAUAAGAAGGAUAUAAACGAAGAACUUUUGUCUAUGGCGAAGUUACCUAGUCUAGUAAAUAGGCGUCUACAAGACAUACCAAUUCUUAUGUAUAAGGUUAAGAAUUCAAUACCAAUCUAAACUAUAUAAUUUACGUAAUAGCGAUUUCGCUAUACUUAGUUUCAAUUCAGUAAAAUACGGUAAACCACGAUUAAGAUAUUUAGGACCCUAUUUGUGAGGAAAAAUAGAAAAUGAACUCAGGAGCAAGACGAACCUGCAGUAUUUUAAAAAUCUAUUCGUAAAAUGAACGUUUUUAAUAUUUUAGAUAACAAUUGUAAUUGCACUGCUCGUCAGUCUUAACCAAAGUCCGCAUUCUUAUUCUACCGAUAUUUCUUUAAAAUAUCCCAUUGCUAAUAUAUUUAAAGAUAGAUUACUUAAUAGUUUAAUACAUAUUUCAUAGUUUUUAUAUCUAAAUGUAUGUAGCUUAUAAUUAUACUCUUUUAUAUACAUAUUUAGUUAGAGUGUCCCCAAUUAAUUGUAAAGCUAAAUACAAAGGCACUUAAAUAAAGUUUAUGCAUGUAGGUAUGUAUGCAGGGAAGUUCUUGCCUUGGUGUCGUGACGAAUUUGACUCAAAUUAAAACGCUGUCUUGAUUUACACCCAGACACGCAAAACAAAACGCCUAUUUCUUUCUAUCUUCCUCCAUCAAAUGGCUCACGCAUCGGCCAACUUAUAUUUCCAGCACUGAAUAAAAAAAUGUUUUAAAAAAUUAAAAAUCCCAACAAAUCAAACAAACAAACAAACAAAAAACGAAACAAAACAAAACAAACAAACAAGUGAGAAAGACAAAAAUUCUACAUAGAACUGUCAGCUAUAAAAGAACGGAUCAUGUUCCUUCGUAUACUUCAGUUGGUGAGAGUAUUGCAGUAUAUUGAUUAUUUCGCACCAUGCUCAGAUAUCGCCUGGCACAUAUUGUGCACAUGAUCUGUACAGUAAACUCAGUUCUGGUAUCUCGAUUGUAGAGGGUAAAAUAUUGCUGAUCAUAUGAUAUGUGGAUCCAUAAUUUAUCUCGUGCACAAUGCACUUGUAAUUAUCCAUAAAUAACUUCUUUGACCAUAUUACACUUAAAUACUCCUCACAAAUUUUGUUUCUGCCCAUAAGACAAGCUAGCAAGGAAGUAACAUCGACUACACCUUCUAUCAGUAACUGCAAUUGGCAAGGAGCCAACAUGUCAGAUGACAUUCCUUUGCGAACCCAACAGUUAUGCACUGAAGACGAAAAUUACAGAAUACGUGUGUUUAGCUACGCACGGCCAGCCACAAAUGGCGGUACAGGGUCACGUAGACAACUGGUUUUGUUUAUCACAAGAGCCUUGGAGGAUUCUUGGUGGUUAGAUAUAUUACAGGUGAGGAUUCAGGGUUUACACAAUUAUUGGACAUGCAUGUAAGUGUGAUAAGGGAUGACCCACCGGAGGGGUGAUGUGAAGGGGUGGGGGAGGGGAGCAUAGAGGAAGUGAGUUGGGAGAUGCAUGGGAAAUGAAAUUAUUUUUCUUUUUUUUUUUUUUUGGUGCAUCUCAGGGCAAACCUUUAAACACCUGAGAUGAAAAGUAGAAUCGGUAUUUCCACUUUCUUAAAGUGUUUCAUCUCAAUAAAGGAUUUAUUUAGUUACUGCACUCGUCAACUAACCAAUAAUUAUAAUUUUUUUAUAAUUAGAAGCAGCUUGAUCAAGGUAUGGUCAACGCACGGUCUGUAUACACGGACAGUUUUCGUUGGAGGAAAAGUGAGGGUACCAAGCUUCUUGUGCAAUUAAUCAUGGGAGAUUUCCGAGUUGAUAAGAAGGUAAAACCUUGUACGUACAAUUUUGUUUUAGAUUCAUCGUUGUUUCUUGUUUUUGUGACUAUCCUUUCAGAUCCCUGAUACCUCAUGAUCAUCAGAGUGGGGAACUAAGAGCUGGUAAAUUUGAGAAACCCAAAAGAUUAUAAUAAUACCGUAUUUCCUCGGUCAAGCGCCCAGGGCACUUUUCUAAAAUUUCAGCCAAAAUAACAGGGGUACUUAUUGGAAGGAGGGUGCUUAUUAAGAACCAUCAACCUGCACUGAUUCCUCUGUUUUUACUGAUUCAGGUUUUCUCUCUAUCUCUGCUGAUAAAGAAAGUGAGGAAGGAGGAGGAGAGGUGCCUGGUUGAUAUCAUGGCCCAGGGGGUGGGCACUUUUUCGGGGGAAGGCGCUUACCAGAGCGGGGGCGCUUUUUCGCGCAAAUACGGUAGUUACAUUACAGACCAACCCUUUGCUAUUUUCUUUCCAGGUCGACAGACGUAAAAUCGAAGAAAUGAAGCUUGCGGAGAAUUUCGUUUUUACCAUGCCUAACAGUGAUGCGUCCUAUAUGACAGUGGAGGCAACACUAAUGAACGAAAGCCGAGAUAUCAUUUUUCAAACGGGAGAGAUGGACCUGGAGCUUUCAACUGUAAGUUCAUUCUUAAUUAAUGCAUGAUUUUCACCUUUGCACAAAAUAUUAUUUAAAUUUCCGCUAAUGGUUGCCUUGCAUACAUCGAAGAACUUUUGAAGGAAAAAGUAAUGAGAGUGCUCAUCAACUUUGGAAUCCUUGUUACGAGAACUGCACAAUAGUUAUUAGAUGCUGUGCAGGAUGCAUGAUAAUCUUUAAAUUUGAUCUGUUUUAGUUUCAAGACGAGACACGCCCUGCCGUUGAAAACGAGCAUGAAGGAAAUCAACCAAUUGAAAUGGAGGCAUGAUACAGGAUUAAACAUAGAGAUUACUGUUUCUUAGUUCUUAUUUUGAAUUUUGGAGGAAAUCCAUUGGGUUUAAUUUGUUUGACUAAACGUUAAUUAGUGUAGGUGAUCACAUGAUUUUGAGAGUCAUUUCAAAUUGAUAAGUACAAUUAAUUUUUUCAAAGACAGAAACAAUUGCCUACGGACCUCGUUGGCUAUCUAUCAUCUCAUAUCCAACAAGCUCGAGUGGACAAAUUGUUUAAUUAAAAACGCCCCAAACUUUAUUUUGUAAGAACAAACAGAAUUUUGCAAUGUACAAAAACACUUCCAGUUUAACACGUCCAAAUGCACAUAAGUAAACAGGACAAGCAUACAGCAAAAACGCCAGGUAAUUCGGGAGGUUAUCGUCAAUAACAUCAGAACUAGCUCAAGCGAAUUUAGUUUUGAGCAGUGCUGUAGAGAGAGUGUUCAGCUUAUGUGAGCAAAAUAUUGUUUUCCAAAUUCUUUUGGCCAUAGCCUUUUGUAGGAAGAAAAUUUACACUGCUAACUUUAUUCUUUAUGCAGUGUGAAUUUUGAAGAUGAAACGGUUUAAGCAGAAAAAGAGUUGAUUUCUAAGUUCUUAAAAAGAUAUCUUAAUGAAGACACUAUGAGUUUCUGAGGCAAAAGGAAAAGUUGACAGUAAAAUUGUUUGAGAUUUUUGGGGAUAAAUUGAAUCUAAUGUGGCAAGAUUAUUUCAAGUAUUCCACUCGAUGUACAGUUGAAAGUUUAAAGAGGAUCAUAAUGAUAAGAACUGCGAGGGUACAUUAUUCGAUGCAAAUGUACAGCAAACAUCAGUAAGACUUUUUCGUCAUAUUUAAUGCUAUUUAAGUUGGGGCAAUUGUGUUUGACACAAACCUUACUCUUAAUGAAGUAGCACCCCACAUGUCAUUUAUGAUUUCGAAGCAUCAAAUUGUGUAAAGAAAAGACAGAGGUAAAAGGAAUAUGGUAUUUAGGAGAUGAAAUGUUUAUAGUGAAUUCUCGUUACAAAAAAUAAUUAUCAAGGCACAUGGUAGGCAUUUUUGCACAGGAAAAAGGAAAUUAUUUUAAUUUCCUGUUGUAAGAAAAAAAGGAAUUUCUUCAUGGGUGGAAAAUUUUAUAAAUUCAUAUUGUAGGAUUUCGCUGCUUUAAACAGUUGCUAAUUUUUUACACAUCAAACGUGUCUUAUGUAUUGUGUAGUGGAAUAUUAAAAAAUCCAACAGAAAUAAAGCUGGUAGCGCAUGUUAUUAAUGAAGAGACGCUUGGUACACAAGGAAUGCAUUAACAAAAGGAGCUAUUUAGGAGAAAAUUUCAAAUCAGUAAAAAUUUGAUUAAUUUCAUGUGAUGAAGUGAACAGUGCUGAAGAAUAACAUUAUACAUACAUUGAGGAGUUGCGUUUGAGUUUUUUAAUCGAUUCUUAGACUAGCAAAAUUGAGCUGUGCCUUCCAGUUAUUUAAAAUAGAUUAUUGGCUUAAUGCUACCGCAAACAUUUUAGAAAACUGUGUUCUUUACUGAGCUUGUAACUUAUUCAUUCAAUGUUAUUACAUGUAUGUUCAACAAAAUGCACCAUU